AUGACGACGCCUGCUAUUCGUAUCCCCUUUACGGGUCCACUCCCGCCAGCCAUAAUAUUUCCUCCGUCUGCUAAGACUGUAGCCGGGGCCAUUGAUGCCGUCACUGCCUUCUUCACCGCCCCACCGUCCUGGAAUCUGCGAGGCAUUGAUGUCGGAGGGCAUUCCCAGACUGUCUUAUUGACGGGCGCUGGGAUCUCUGUCGCAUCGGGUCUGUCAGACUACCGGGGCGAUCAAGGUACCUACCGACGUAAUCAAUCAUACCGGCCAAUUUACUUCCAUGAAUUUUUAUCACACCAUGAGUCGCGCAAACGGUAUUGGGCGCGUAGUUUCGUGGGAUGGCCUGGUCUGGUGAAAGCACGACCCAAUUCAACACAUCGAGCCAUUCAAGAUCUCGCUACCAAAGGAUAUAUCAGCUCGGUGGUGACGCAAAAUGUCGAUUCUUUCCACUCGCUCGCCCAUCCCGAGCUAUCUACACUCGAACUUCAUGGAUACCUACGAUCCGUCGUUUGUACUAGCUGUCGCAACUACUUCUCUCGAGCAGAUUUUCAGUCAUCACUUGAAAGGUUGAACCCUGCCUGGGCUGAAUUCCUCGCUCGCAUGAUUGAGCAGGGUGCCCUUGAUACAACCAACCCGGACGAACAACGUCGCAAGGGUCUGAAACUAAACCCUGACGGCGAUGUGGAUCUUGCAGAAGCACCUUAUUCUACCUUUAGAUAUCCGGCAUGUCAGACCUGCUUGGAGAAUCCUCCUACCCUGAAAGAUGGGUCGAAGGGUCGUGUUGAGGUUGAACAUGAUGGUGCAUGGAUGCUGCCAUCCAAUGCCGGGAUCUUAAAGCCUGCGGUGACCAUGUUCGGGGAAAACAUCGACCCAGCCGUUAAAACAGCUGCCGAGGAGGCCAUCGAUGAUGCUGGGCGAUUACUGGUUCUCGGAAGCAGUCUAGCGACCUAUUCAGCGUGGCGCUUAGUUGAACGAGCUUAUAAACGGGGAAUGCCCAUUGGAAUUAUCAAUGUCGGCGGGGUCCGAAACGAGGCUAUGUUGUUUGAGAAUCUGGAUGCCAGCUCAACUGCUCAUGUUCGGUGUAGUCUUCCUACACAGUCGAUCCUCCCAGCCGUGGUAUCUGGACUGCCCCGGAACACAAAAUACUAA